AUUCAAUCCAGCAACAACAAGUACCUGAGAGUUUGAGUCAACUACUGCUACCAUCUCACAGGAGAAGCAACUUGAAAAGUGAGUGUUUAUCUUGUAUGCCUAAUUGAAAUAAAUAUAAAUCUAUGUAUAGGAAAAUAGAGAUAAAGAUUAUAAUAAUAAUAAUAAUAACAAUAAUAAUAAUGAUGAUAAAUAGACCUUCAGCUGGCAACACAGCUUCUAGUUUGCAACAGAGUAUAUCAACUGAUAACCACAACUAAUUGAUUUGAGCUCCAUUACAUAGUACAGGUGCAUGUGUAGGGAUACAUUAUACACCAGUAUGAUGGUUAACAUUCUCAACAUUCUUUAUGAUAACAUCUUUUUCUAGUUUAUAUUUAAACAAGUAUUAGCAUGACAUAGCAUAGUAAGGUAAGAACAUUUAGGAAUAAAGAUACAUCACAGAUAAUUCACAGAAUCAAAACAAAACUGAGCUUAUGUGUACUAGGAUUUUGUUCCACUCAUUUUGAGUCAGCCAAUGAAUGAGUUGCCAGUAAUCUGAUACUUGUGUUUGUGCUAAGAUUUCUGGGAUUGUCAUGGGGCAAACAUUGGAAGUUGUUAGAAGAAAAUAUGAUUGUGGAGAUAGAUCAACACUUUUUAGCUGCUGUUUUAUCAGAAAUGGAUUAAGAUGAUGUUGAUACAUAGGAAGUGUAAGUUUUUUAAAAAACCACAGAAUACGUUAUAAAACAUAUUGAUAUACUACUCUGAGCCUAGUGUAAGGUUUAUAGUGAAAUCUGGCAUUGUGUAAUGAUCCCAAAGUAUUACAAAAUUAGCCAUAAAUCGCUAGGAAAUAACUCAGUAAUGUCUUGUGUGUGUACAAAAUGAAGACCAAAGACCAAAAAUUGAAGACCUUUUUUUUUUAAUGCCCAUUGAGGCACAGACAGUUUAAAAACCAAGCUAAAGUGUUCCUCAGUGCACUAGAUGUAAAAUCAAUGGAGUCUCCAUUUUGUAGAAAGUACCGUGUGAAGCUAUAAAACAAAGACCCUAGCUAAAACACUUUGUCAUAUGCAGAUGGAAUUUAUUCAUUAUAUACAAAUUAUACACAAAUUUGUCACUCUGACAGAAACAUAUUAAGUACAUGUAUCGUUGUUUCCUCCUGAAAUUACUGUUAGAAUGAUAACCCUGUAGAUGAAGGUUGCAGUCAAUUUUUUUCUUGUCUGAAUUAGCUCCUCGUGUAUUCUUGGUUAUGUCCACAGUAAGAAGAACAUGUAUGCCUGUAUAUCAGUGUAAAAUGUGUAAAAGGGGAUCUAAAUUUCAAACUACAGUCAGCUAAUGUUUGCAUUGUCUUGCUGUCGGCUGACUCACAGCUCUCACCUUCCCUUAGCUGAGGCUCCACCAGGUAUUUGGUAUGAUCACUGUCUGCUUCUGAAUACUGUUGCUCAUCAUCUGAUUUGGAGUCUUCAUCUUGUCAGAAAGUUGUGGCGUAUCUCUUUGACAUGCUGCUCAGUCAAAAUUUUCCCUUGUGAUCUGAUUUCCUCCAUUACUGACAAAGUCUUUGUCAAAGUCAGCACGUUGUAGCGAACAAUUCUUUUUGUGGCACUUGCUACAUUUUUUCCAGAGGCAGGACAUUGAUGUACAUUGUUUUGUGAGAUUUCCACAGUCUUGGUACGGGUACCUUUUGUGUGGUGUCAGAUUUCUUUUUGUGAUUCUUAGCUAUACUUAAGAGUGUGUCCACAGCUCCUUUAGUCUAUGUUCUUCAGCUCAAUGGUGUAUAUUUCUGCAGCUCGGAUUAUACCAAUGUCCUUAUCAAGUGUUAAUGCUUUGAUUCACUUCCUGACUUCACAGCUCUUUAUUCUCAGUGUUACCAAUAUUUAGAAGAUCAGUUCAUUGUUUAAUACACCAUAAGCAACCAGUAGAUGCCAAUUUUUGUUAUCUGUUUUUGGUAUCAAUGUUUCCAUCUUCAUGGCUGACACUGUUAAUUAAGCGUUGUUAAAAAAUAGAAACUGUUGGAUUCUGUGUGAUCAUCAACUGGUUAAUAUUUAGCUUUUUGGUAGGUUUCCUUUCCCACAACAUUGUUCUGAGGAUUAUUUGUUAAGCUUUUUUUCAAAUUUUUCUUUUUCAAAAAGGUCCAAUCCUCCACCUGAUUACCUUUCAGACUGAUUGGAACAGGUGUAAUGACUUGCUGAUUAAAGACCACCAUAUGCAUAGGCUGUGGGAAUAAUUCUACACACACUGCACUGUUUACUUUUCAUUAAUCAAAAAUAAAUUAGUAUCAGUGGCUAAUUAAAGACCAUCAUAUGCUUGGGCGGCAGAAAUGGUUAAAGCUACACACACUGCCCUCUCCUUUGUCACUUAUCAAAAAUGAAUCAGUUACUUAACCAUCAGUUAAUGAUGGUUAAGGACCAUCACAGUGUUCAACACUCAAGCUGGAACUGUGCUACACACUAUUCUGUUUCCUAAUUGUCGCUCAUGGUAAAUAAAUCAGUGCCACCAUCCAAACACAUUAAAAAAAAUUUAAAAUUAUCACUUAGUGCUUUGAUAAGAAUAUAUUGUUUAAAAAAGUGUGAAACAUAUAACUGGCUGCCUUUAGGAAAAGGAUCUUAAACUUAAAAAUAAAUUUUAUGCAACCUCUGAGCAUCAGGCUUGAGACAAGACCUUAGGUUGAUAUUCUUUAUCAUAUAUUUUGAUCUGAGUACAGUAUAAGCUUCGUUGUACAAACUGGAGAUGUGUCCAGUUUUCUUUGAUGUUUGGCACCAGAUAUGUGAUUAUUCAUAUCUUCCAGGGAUUUUACAUUUAUAUGGUACAAGGUCAUUAUUAAUAAAUACACAAAUCUAUAUUGGCUUUGAUACCCAUUGUGAUUGAUUUUGUCUUUUUCAGUUAUUAUGACUGAUGAUUUUAAAAUGAUUGUCUUUGUAGAUUUGUGCCGUGAAGAAGAUAAUUUUUAAUAGAAUUCUGUUCCAAAAUAAAUUUAACAUUAACUUCUACAGUUGGAUCAAUUAAACACUGAUUAAAUGGGCAGGACUGGAGGCUAGUCAUUGUGUCCAGGCUUAAUUAUGGGAAAUUAAAUCACAAGGUAAUAAGUUGCUGAAUUCUAGUUUUUAUAUUUUCUGUACUGCUUUUAUUUUCAGAAUGGGAGUGGUAAAAUCAAAAAGAGCGGAAACUGAUGAGAACAGUUCAAAGAACAUUUAUGGUGACCCACCAAAGAUCAAUUUUUGUCUUCCAGAGAUAAGUGAGCUAACCCAGAAUUCUAAACGUUGGAAGGAUGUUCAACUCCCAAUUGACAUUCUGUUGUUAACAGUGAAGGACUGUGAGUUAUUAAGUUGCUACUAUUACAUUAAUGAUCCAUUUAGAAGCUAUUUCAAAGGGCUUGGUCCUGUAUACUUUGGAAGCAUUGGUGAAGAUCAAGAUGUUAAACUGAAUGUUGCUUUGAUGAAAUGCUCAGAGGGCUCUAAAAUUCCUGGUGGUGCUUUGACUGUUGUAAAGAAUGCUGUCACUCAGCUGAGGCCAAAAGCUGUCUUUACUGUGGGCCACUGUAGUGGUGUGAAUCAGGAAUCAACAAAGCUGGGGGAUGUGGUUGUUUCAGAAAAGCUCACAACCUAUUCCAAUCAGAAAAUUACAAAGGAUGGAAAGAAAUUUUGUGGGUUAACAACUCCUGUAAGCAGGGACAUUGCUGCUCUCAUUCAAUAUGCAGCUUAUGGUUGGAAUCCACCCCUAGAAAAUCCUCAAGAAAGGAAAGUUGAAGUCCACUGUGGUGAGGUUUUGAGUGGUUGUGAGCUCGUACAAGCUGAGUGGCGACGAGAUGAACUAGUGAAGUCAUUUCCUUCAGGAAUUGCAAUUGAGACAGAAGGAGAGGGUAAGACCUCUUUUUCCUUUGAAGUAACUGUUACUGUAAAAUCUGCUCAAAGAGAUAUUUGGAUAUAUUGUAUCCUGGGAGAGAGAAUUGAUACUUAUAUGAUAUCAGUUGUGGUGGGUAAGUUUUCCUUCCAGUGUCGAGAGAUGCACUGGCUUGUGUGUGAACAUACUGAUAUGGGCGGCCGUCACCACCAAAAUUACAAGGAUGUCAAAUAGAUCAGCAAAUACAAAGAUGGUGUAAGGAUCAGCUGCAGGAUGGCAUAGCUAAUAAAGGAAUGGAAUGGCCAAAUUAUAGACAGUCUAGUUUUCCUUCGUGAAACAGAACACCCUAAACAUGAAUAGUUUAGCCAAAUGAGAAACGGUCUUGUAGCCCAUGUUGAGUUGGAACAUGAGAUUGUGAAAUGGACUAGCUCAAUUACGAAUAGCUUAGCACUCAUUUGCAAUACAGUACUCAAACGGUGUAGCGUUGAGUUAAACGGCUCAGGGUAACGUCGAGUAGCACAGCGUACGCACAAACGGUGUAGCGUUGCGUCAAAUGGCUCAGCUUAAUGUAGAAUGGUACAGCGUACACACAUAUGGUGUAGCGCUGCGGGAAAUGGCUCAGCGUAAUGUAGAAUGGUACAGCGUACAUAAAAACAGUGUAGCGUUGUGUGAAAUGGCUCAGCGUAAUGUCGAAUGGUACAGCGUACAUGCAAACAGUGUAGCGUUGCGUGAAAUGGCUUAGGGUAAUGUCGAAUGGUACAGCGUACAUACAAACAGUGUAGCGUUGCGUGAAGUGGCUUAGCAUAAUGUCGAACGGUACAGCGUACACACAAAUGGUGUAGCGUUGCGUGAAAUGGCUCAGCGUAAUGUAGAAUGGUACAGCGUAGACACAAAUAGUGAAGCGUUAGGUCGAAUAGCUUUGCAAAACAUCAGACGCUCUAUCUGAACAUAAAAUUGCGUAGUAUUACUUGAAAUAUUUCGAUGUUGUGGCGAAUAGUCGUGGCGUGACGUGAAGGCUAUGCCAUUCCUUUAUUAGCUAUGCUAUCCUACAGCUGAUCCUUAAGCCAUCUUUGUAUUUGCUGAUCUAUACGACAUUCUUGUAUUUUUGGUGGUGACGGUCGCCAAGGCAUCUCGCCGAAACCACCAAAAAUACAAACCGCAAAUGGAACAGCGAUCUGCUGGGGGUAUGACGUCAUCGAAUGUGAAGACUGACACGAAACCAUUACAUGGCGUAGUAUAGUCUUCACUUCGCUUUGCCGUAAAGCAGAGCCAAUUUGGUAAGUUUCUCCUCUUUUUUCACUGCUGAUAUUGCACUUAUUCGUUGUCGUUUAUGAAAGCGUCAAUUAAAAUAGCAACGAGACUGAAUUCUACCACGAUUUGUCGGCCUCCCGGUUUACCACAGUUUGCACGCGUUGGUGGGCCUGAACAUGUUUAUAGUAUUAAGUAGUGUUAUGACGUGCAUUAAAUGUCAAUUUUCGAGCUCUCUUUUCUUUCUCCGACUCACGCUUACUUUUCAAUGAGAGUCCAACUUCAACGGCUCUUUGAACAUUGGAGGAGUACGUGAGAAGUUGAAUAUUGUGUGUGCCUUGGACGCCAUGGUAAGAAAACUGAUUCCUUGAUCUGUUUUGACAUUUUUCGAUCAAAGUGAUAUCGGAAUGCUUUAAUUGGUGUGUCGGACGAUAAGAGUAAGCUAAGAGAAGACAUAUUUAUUAUUUUAAAAAGGUGUACAUUAUAUUGCUUUGUUUAUUAAUUUUUUCCUGGGUGCAGUGAUAGUAAAAGUAAGUUCCAUUUUUAUUUUGUCGAUCAAACGUAGAUUACAUGUCUGGACCGGAAACAGUUAAAGGGUUUUUUUCAAAAUAGUUUUUGCCAGAGUAAUAUUUUUUCUGAGUUGGUUUUGCGCGCAUACAUACUUAUCUUCCCUGUGCUCUUUCCCAUUCCGUAGUCAUCACGUAUUAAGGAAGGCUAGUGCGGACACCGUAAUGCACGUAGUUGUAUGUAAUUGUCCAACUCUAGGUCGAGUUUUACCGUUCGAUCUGUUACAGUCGCAACUUGCUGAAUAAAAACUAUUGCAUAAUUCAGACAAUUGACAGGACAUCUUGCUGUUUCGUCGUUUGUUUCGGUAGACGUAUUUAUUUAUAUUUUUAUUUAUUUUUACAUUUCUGUACCUCAACUAUUAAUUUAACUAUUAAACUCAACUAUUAUUAAAAUGUGCAUUAAAUGUCUAUUGCCGAGCUCUCAUUUCUUUUCUUUUCUGACUUGCGCUUACUUUUCAAAGGGAGCUUAACUUCAACGGUUCUUUGAACAUUGCAGGAGUACGUGAGAAGUUGGAUUUUGUGUGUGCCCUGGAUGCCAUGGUCACGCAACUCUAGUCAAUAUAUCUAGUGUGUACUGAACUCAGUCUGAAGCAAUAAUACUAAUAAAAAUAAUAAUAAUAAUAAUAAUCACAAAAAUUAAUAGUUGAGGAAAAGUAAAAAUUGAAAAGUAAGCGUGAGUCGGAGAAAGAAAAGAGAGCUCGAAAAUUGACAUUUAAUGCACGUCAUAACACUACUUAAUACUAUAAACAUGUUCAGGCCCACCAACGCGUGCAAACUGUGGUAAACCGGGAGGCCGACAAAUCGUGGUAGAAUUCAGUCUCGUUGCUAUUUUAAUUGACGCUUUCAUGAACGACAACGAAUAAGUGCAAUAUCAGCAGUGAAAAAAGAGGAGAAACUUACCAAAUUGGCUCUGCUUUACGGCAAAGCGAAGUGAAGACUAUACUACGCCAUGUGAUGGUUUCGUGUCAGUCUUCACAUUCGAUGACGUCAUACCCCCAGCAGAUUGCUGUUCCAUUUGCGGUUGUAUUUUUGGUGGUUUCGGCGAGAUGCCUUGGCGGCCGUCACCACCAAAAAUACAAGGAUGUCGUUUAGAUCAGCAAAUACAAAGAUGGCUUAAGGAUCAGCUGCAGGAUAGCAUAGCUAAUAAAGGAAUGGCAUAGCCUUCACGUCACGCCACGACGAUUCGCCACAACAUCGAAGUAUUUCAAGUAAUACUACGCAAUUUAAUGUUCAGAUAGAGCGUCUGAUGUUUUUGCAAAGCUAUUCGACCUAACGCUACACUAUUUGUGUCUACGCUGUACCAUUCUAUAUUACACUGAGCUAUUUCACGCAACGCUACACCAUUUGUGUGUACGCUGUGCCAUUCGACAUUAUGCUAAGCCACUUCACGCAACGCUACACUGUUUGUAUGUACGCUGUACCAUUCGACAUUACUCUAAGCCAUUUCACGCAACGCUACACUGUUUGUAUGUACGCUGUACCAUUCGACAUUACGCUGAGCCAUUUCACACAACGCUACACUGUUUUUAUGUACGCUGUACCAUUCUACAUUACGCUGCGCCAUUUCCCGCAGCGCUACACCAUAUGUGUGUACGCUGUACCAUUCUAAAUUACGCUGAGCCAUUUGACGCAACGCUACACCGUUUGUGCGUACGCUGUGCUACUCGACGUUACCCUGAGCCGUUUAACUCAACGCUACACCGUUUGAGUACUGUAUUGCAAAUGAGUGCUAAGCUAUUCGUAAUUAAGCUAGUCCAUUUCACAAUCUCAUGAUCCAACUCAACAUGGGCUACUAGACCGUUUCUCAUUUGGCUAAACUAUUCAUGUUUUGGGUGUUCUGUUUCACGAAGGAAAACUAGACUGUCUAUAAUUUGGCCAUUCCAUUCCUUUAUUAGCUAUGCUAUCCUGCAGCUGAUCCUUACACCAUCUUUGUAUUUGCUGAUCUAUUUGACAUCCUUGUAUUUUUGGUGGUGACGGCCGCCCAUAUACUGAACUUCUGAUCAAGUGGUCUGAGUUUAAGCCCUGGGCUAAAGUGAUUGUGUUGUAGUCUUGGCUGGGAGGCUUUACUCUCACAGUGUCUCCACACCCAGGAGUAUAGAUAGCUACUGAUGAACUGACCAGUAUUUCAUAUACAUCUGAAGGGAGUAAGAGUACAGUCUUAGUGGCUGAAUGGUAUGGUACCUAGUAGAAGCUCGUGCUACAGGGAUGAGCUCAGCACUGAGUAUAUGUAAGGUGACUUUCCAAAGUACAUGUAUAUCUCUUUACUUACAAAUCUUUGAUAACAUUAGUAAUAAUGGGAGACAUAAAAAUCAAUAGAUGUUGGAGAAAAUUUGUUUUUUUAUUCAUAAAAGCUUAUUUUUGUCUCAGGAGUUUUCAGUGCAGCACAUGAUCUGAAAACGGAGUGGGUUGUCAUCAAGGGUAUUUCAGGGUAUGCAGAUGGAACUGAAGAGAGAGAAAACUGGCAAACAUUUGCAAGUGUAAUGGCAGCUUCUCUUAUUGCCAACAUUCUAAAAGAAUGCAGUAUUUUUGAAGAUUGGCCACAUUACAAAGGUAACCUGUUUAAUUUUUGUCAUUUUUAGUCCCACAGUAUAUUUGCUUGCAGUCACUCGCUGGUCUUGUAUACUGUUUAGUUUUGUGUUUUAUAAAUGUGUUGGAACCAAAUUACCAAAACCGAAUUAAAAACAUGAUUUAUGAUCUAUGAUCAUGCGCUGACCAAUCAGAACAGUUCUUGGAUCAGAAAUGUUACAUGUUUGUCAGCAAUUUCACAGGCUCUUCUUAUGGAUUGUUGCGCUGGGCCAACCAAAGGUGAGAAAUUGAAAAGAAUGACAUUGACCUCAACUCAACAUACAGGGGCGCUAAUUUCUUUCUACAAAGAUUGGUUGUGAGAUGCUUUCAAGCUUUUAAUAGCAUUUUUCCCCCUCGAAAGAAGACCUCCGUUCCCCCCCUCCCCCCAUAAUACACCUGGAAACUUAUGCCUUAACCCCCCUUCUCUCCCCUCCACCCCAACCCCAUUUUAUAAACCACACACGACCCACAUUCCCCUAAUCGCUCCAACAAAGGGCUUAACGCACGAAACAUCAGCUUUAGAAACUCUUUAUGGUGGCCAAUUUAACUCAGUUAAUGAAACCAAAUUAUCAUUGCUUGACUGAACAACAGUUAAUUCUUGUCGUUGGGUAAUCACGUGAGCCACCAUCGUUGUCUACAAAUUCCCAGGAUGUCUAUUGAGAAUUCUAGGUGCCAGUCUUUUUAACCCAAUUAUAGCAUGGUACCUCUUCUAAGGACUGCAGUUAAAUGCUGAAUUUUGAGGCAGAUGAAGGAAAGAUCACACGCGUCUUAAAUUCCUCACGUAGAUUUGCAUUUUAAGAAAUCUUACACCCACAUUCGUUAGAGCAGAGAACUUUGCAAGCAAGGUUAGGAUGCAGUAUUCGAAUCCUGGUGGUUUGAACUACAUGUAGCCGCGUGUCUGUCUCAAACUUCAUAAGGCUGUCUAACCGCUGUCUGUUUGGUUUUGUGUUCUUGAAGAUAUUUCAACUGAUAGACAACAUUCACCACUGAGUAAAGGGAUUCCGGUAGAGCCAUCCUAUCCUAGUGCCCAGUCUUCCGAACAGCAAGAUGUUUCGUUUACCAAAACAGCAGGUAUUUGAAUGAACAGAUGUUGUGAGAGACUGUUUCUUUUAUUCUUAUUACUGUGGAACUCACCAUAGAGUUCUCUCUUGCUUAUUGGGGGAGCUUCGUGGCGCAGAAUCCGAAGGUCUGGGGCUCGAUUCUGCAUACUGACUCAUAACAUCUUCCUUUAAACUAAACUAAUUGGCAUUGCUGUGUGUGGUUUAGCUUUUUCUGGUCUGCUGAAUAAGUAUUUUUCUUUGAAACUUUAUGGUUUUCCGUAGAAAUUUCCUGUGUUCAAGGUUUUCUUAGUCUUACAGUAUUACGUUUUUCCGGCGAGAUUUCUUUGACGUACAAAUAAUUGCCUGCAGUUGUUGAAUUAGUAAGGAACUGAUCAAAUGCUCGCCUCGCUCUCUCCCGUGUUAAAUUACUUUUCUUAUGUUUUUAAGGUGGAAAAAGGAAGUCGUCAAACAAGUUUCUGGACCAGGGCAUAAUGCGCUCAAAGCUUGAAGGUAUUUGUCUUCUUCAGAAUCUGAAUUGUGAUUCUGACUUUUUUACUGGAGGAUUCCAAGUGUUAACAUAGUUUCUUUUAGAUUUGAGUUUUUCGCUACUGUUUCGCUUAACAGAGAAAUAGUUUCACUUGUCUCAGAACAAAACAAUAUUUUUCUUAUAAGGAUUUUGUGUAGCGGAACGAACCAUAGCCACGAUUACCAGCCGCUGUUCGUGAAACGAGCUCACGCUUUUUCCCUUUACGGGAGAAUCGAAGACCGCACUCGAGAAUUAGGCGCAAAUCAAACCCCCUUCCCCAACAAAACACCGUAGUGACCAGAUCAAGUGUGAAAAUGUGAAAAUUUACCCUCGAAAUCAAUGAGUGACGUUAUUAAAGUUACAAAUUACAGAUGGAAGGAAAUAUUCUUCCCACUGUUUAAAAACCCCACUCGAGUAAUUUUCUUUUCGAUGUGGGAGUUUUUUACCAAGCUAUUUGUUUUGUCUACAGACUCGUCUGUAACAGAAUUUUUGGAAUGGUGCCAGAAUCAGUUGAGGGCGUUUUACAACACCAUGUGUCAAGUGAAAAUAACACCAUGGGACCCAAACAACACAGUACACAUUAACGACAUUUACAUACAGGUAACGUUUUUACAAGACCACAAAAAACCUGACGGGACAACGAAAAAAAAACUGGGAGACAGCUAUGAAGUAUUUGAAGGUGACGAACAUCAUCCCGUCCGUAGACGAAUUCUGGUAUAUGGAAGACCUGGAAUAGGAAAGUCUACUUUUACUCAAAAAGUAGCUGUGGAUUGGGCAAAUGGCGAAAAGGAGAUUCUCAAAAAGUUCACUCUUUUACUGUUAAUCAGGUUACGAGACGUUUGUGAUAUUCCGGACCUCUGUAGCAUUUUGAAAACCGCUGAACUUUUGUCUGCUGAUGACCCGAUGGCAGUCGAUAGCUUGUAUGAAUAUGUGCGUCAGAACCAGGAGAAAGUGCUGCUCAUUUUGGAUGGAUAUGAUGAGUACAGCGGUGGAAAAUCAUCCCCAAUUCACCAGAUUUGGAGAGGCAGUCAACUGAGAGACUGUUGUGUAAUGAUCACAACGCGGCCGGUGAAAGAGGAUGAGCUUAGAGUUCUAAGUCACGCUCAGUUUGAACUUAACGGGUUCGAUAGCAGGGAACAGAAGAAACAGUUUGCAAGUAAGAUUCUUCCUGAUGAGGAGGACGUUGAAGGGCUACUUGAAUACCUGGAGAAGCAUGACCUCGUGGAGAUGGCAGAGAUUCCACUAUUAUUGUUGAUGUUGUGUCUUCUGUGGAAGAAGAAAAAACCUCAAUUACCAACAUCUCGUGCGGAAAUUUACAUAGAAUUUAUUCAGACUCUCUUGGAUCAUAUGGCUAUUAAAGACUCAGACAACGUCGCAACAGAUAAAAGCAUAGAUGAAUAUCAAGAGGAACUUUCCAAAAUAGGAAAACUUGCUUUUGAUGCUCUUUUGGAGGACUGCCUUCAUUUUAACUUCAGUAAAUUUCCUAAAGGUGAUCUGUUCGAGAAGCUUAUUCAUGUCGGCUUUUUUCAAGUUUCCAAACUUUCCGCUUUGAACCGUGAGAAGAUCGUGUAUUUUCUUCACAAGUCCGUUCAGGAGUUUCUCGCCGCCUGGUUCAUCGUUCAAGAAGUGAAGGUUAAGAAGAAUGAAACUGUCACCUGCCUGUCAGGAAUGGAUACGCUUGAAAAAUCAAAGAAGAUGGACGAAGUUCUAAAAUUCGUUUGUGAGUUGUCAUCAGAUGCUGUCAGCAUUGUUUUUGAUCAUCUACACUAUGUCGGAAAGAAAGAAGGUCUCACAAAUUACAAUUUCACUAGGACGCCUUCUGUUGAAGAUUUGUCUAGAGCACAAAAAGAUUUCAUGAAACUCUGUGUCGAUUGUUUGUUCUGUUGUCCAGAGUCAGACAGACUAGCUGUGUAUUCUGCAUUUCUCUCAUGUGUUAACCAUGUCGUAGUGCUUCAUGACGAACACGUGUCUACUGCUGCUGAGAAAAACUUCUUCAAAGGCACCGCCAGUUUUCCAAACUAUUUAUUUUUUGAUUAUAUAUUUACUGAAUAUUAUGAUCGUGAGAGUAUUCUAUCCAUAUUGUCUGACUUGAACGCGGUCGUUUUAACGUGCUCUGGAGAAGUUAAGGAUUUUAAAAAAUACGCCGAUUUACGCGAUGCGAACCUUUUCCUCAAAAAAAGCGAAAAAAAAAACUUUAUCUAUCUACAUCGCAUAACAAAUGCUGUUUUUUGCCCUAAACUUCUUCCUGAACUGAUAUCAGCGCCAGUUUGUUCUUCUCAGCCACCUGUAGAUAAUCUGGCAGAGAAUGAGGACAACAACGUUACACUGUCUCUGACUGAGAACAGAUCUGACCAGGCACAACAACAUUGUUUGUCACUGAUGAGAGAGGUUGAGUUAAAGGAGGUAACAGUUGAGGAUUUUGUUCUGUUGAAGAACUUGUUGCCUUUAUUAACAGCUCUUCGAGAUAUUGAUAUAUGGGGGAGCUUGACAGAUGCCUUGGAAGGUAAUUCGAUUGAGAACGCGAUUCACAGAAUUAAUUUUACUGACAAUCUCCACAGUUUAAAACUUCGUGGUACCAAUCUAACAGCAAAGUGUGCUGCUUUUAUUGCUGAGUCACUGCACCACUCUCCAAACUUGCAUGAACUCUGCUUGUCAUGGAACCCCUUACACAGCGGUGUGAGUCAUUUGGCCAAGAAUCUUCAUCACACUCCACGGUUGACUAUUUUAGAGUUAGGUUUUGUAAAAAUGGGAGAAAAGGAAUGUGCUGCACUGGGUGCCACAUUACAGUACUUAAACAAGUUAAAAAAACUGAACAUAGAACACAAUGCACUGGGUCACGGGAUCAUUGAACUGGCCAAGAACCUGAACAGUGUACCCAAUCUGACUUCGCUGAACCUGGACAAUACAAAUAUGGGUGAAGAUGAAGUAUCAGCACUGGCUCGUGCACUUAAGGAUGUACCAGAGCUGAGCGAUCUUGAGAUGAGUUCCAAUGCACUGGGUCACGGGAUCAUUGAACUGGCCAAGAACCUGAAAAGUGUACCCAAUCUGCUUCAGCUGGACCUGUCGUAUACAAAUAUGGGUGAAGAUGAAGCAUCAGCACUGGCUCGUGCACUUAAGGAUGUACCAGAGCUGAGCUGUCUUGGUCUAGGGUGGAAUCCACUUGGCAGAGGAGUCAGGGACCUGGUUCAGCAUCUCAGCAGUGUUCCUAAGCUGGAGUACCUGUCUCUGUUUAGUGUUCAGAUGACAAAGACAGAGAUUGAAGAGUUGUGUACAGCAGUAAAAGGGAGAGGCAUCACUUUGGUCACUGAUUACCAUGUAAGAGUCUUUUUGUUGUUACACUCAGUUGUAUCUAAUCUUUAG